UCGUUCCGACUCAUACAUUGUCACCCUGGGGAGACUCGCCACCUUACUCCCUCUCAAGAGGGAUUUACAGUUCAGAGCCCCGCGAAGUCAGGAACGUGAAGUCACGAUGUCAAUAUCUCAUUGUUUAUCUCUUGAUAGGGUCUCCCGAGUUGGUUCGCUUUCAUCCUUUUCCAUCGGCCAACAAAGGAGCUCGGCCAGCCGCAUUCACUCCGCGCGACACUCUCCGCCACGGCCAGUUGCUGUCAUCGACCCGAGUGAUUUCACGGGCAAGGCUUCCCCAACCCGGCGAGACUCCCCGUUCCGCCAGUCGCUCAUUGCCGCGGGGCUGGCAGCCGCUUUGGCGAUCUCGGCCCCCCAUGCGCUAGCGGAAGCCGCAGUUGCUGCUGCCGAUGGCGCAGCGGCUGGUUCCGCCGCGGCAGCAUCAGCGGUGGCGGAGGCGUGCUCGCAGCAGCUGGAGGCCGUGGCCGGCGCGGACUUCAACGUUGUGGUGGGCGUGGCGUGCGCGCUCGAGUUCGUUGCGCUCACUGGCGCAGCUGUGGGAGGGUACGUGGCGCGGCAGCAGGGGGCGGAGAUGGAGCGCAUUAACGCGCAGCUGAGGCAGAUCAACCUCAGCCUCAGGCGCCAGGCCAGGGUGGAGACAUACGCGCCCUCCCUCACCUACUCCCCGCCUCCUGCCAGCGCUGCCACGCCUGCAGCAGGCGCCAGCCCCAUGGCAGAGGCUGCAGCAGCUCCUGCUGCUGAAGCAGCAGCAACGGCAACGGCUGUGGGCGCAGCGGUUAGUGUGGGGAGCGAGGAGAAGGCAGAGGUGCUCCGGAUUCUCAAGGAGGGCAAGAAGCACCUGCGGGAUGGCCACCCGGGCUCGGCAUUUGUGGAGUUCCACGUGGCUCUGAGCAAGGCCAAGGAGAUGGGAGACGCGGUUGAAGAGAAGAAAGCUGCCAGAGGACUUGGAGCAUCUUGCCAAAGGCAAGGGAAGUUCAAGGAAGCCAUCUCAUAUCAUCAACUCGUUUUGGAGAAGUCAGCGUCAACGGGAGAGCAUUCUGGGGACACUGAGGCAUACGGUGCUAUUGCGGACUGCUAUACGGAGUUGAGGGAUUCAGAGAAAGCUGCCACAUAUUAUGACAAAUACAUCAGCCGCUUGGAGCAAGAUAGUGAUGAAGAGUGAGGUGCCUUUUGCUUAUAGUGCAUUGUUCAUGUGACUAGGAGUGUUCAUUGGCUAAUGAUACG